ACGGGAUGAAUGUAAAGGUGAGAGCGACAGGGUUGAAUGUCACAGGGUUGAAUGAGACAAGGUUUUUUGUGACAGGAUUGAGUGUGACAGGGUUAAAUGUAAUGGGGUUGUGUUUGAAGUUGUUGCGAGUGAUGGAGCCAAGUGUGACGGGGUAAAAUAUGACAGAGUUCAGUGUGAUGGGGUUAAGUGUGACGGAUUGAGUUUGACAGAGUUGAACGCGAUGAGGUUGAUUGUGACGUAGUUGAUUUUGAUGGAUUUGAAUGUUACAGGGCUGAGUGUAACAGGGUUAAGGGUGACGAGGUUGGGUAAGUGGAGCUGGUCCUGCAGCAGCUGGUCUAAGGCUGGCCAGUGGUUGUUCAGGUAGGAGCACACCUGAGCUUCACUUCCUGGUUUACCUGCUGAGAACACCUGUCCAGCACUGAGUUCAGGUCAGAGCUGGAACACGGCAGGAGCAGGAGCAGCGAGAUGCCUGAGCUUCAGGACACUCCUCUGGUAGCAAUACACCAGGGUAGGAGAUGUGCGAAGUGUGGGGAGGAGGUGCUGGAGUCAGAAGAAGGUACUCUACUGGGUUGCCAGUGUUAUUCAGUGGAGGAUGAAUCCGUAGCUCAAGCUGUGCAUCAGAAAGUUCAGCAAGGACAUGAGAAAGCCCACUGGACCGGAGGACGUCUGGGGGACAUUGACUUCAUUGGGUCCAGCAGAACCAGGGGGAAGUUUGCCAGGGUUUCCAGUAUGACGGACCCGGUCCUGAUCUACCAGCUGCUGACGGAGCAGUGGGGUCUGUCCCCGCCUCACCUGGUGGUGGCGCUAGUGGGCGGUGAUGAACUGGACCAGAUGAAGCCCUGGCUCAGAGACACAGUGAGGAAAGGCUUAGUGAGAGCGACCCAGAGUACAGGAGCUUGGAUCCUGACCAAUGGGCUCCAGUUUGGCAUCACUAAGCACCUGGGCCAGGCUGUUAGAGACCACUCCCUGGCCAGCACCUCCUCGAAGGUCCGCGUGGUGGCCAUCGGCAUUGCGCCCUGGACCAUGAUCCACAACAAGGAGAUGCUGCUGACCGCGAAGCCUGACCAGCCGGCAGCGUACCCCACAGAGGACCUCCCCCACGGCUCUGUGUACUCUCUGGACUGCCAUCACUCCCAUUUUAUCCUGGUGGAGGAGGAGCAACACCGGUCCGGAGCCACCGGAGACAUGAGAGUCAAACUCCUGAAGCACAUCUCUCUCCAGCGCACCGGAUAUGGCGGACCUGGCAGCUUUGAAAUCCCGGUCCUGUGUCUGCUUGUUCAUGGAGAACCAAAGAUAUUGCAGAGAAUGUAUAAAACCAUCCAGAAUGCGACGCCCUGGCUGCUCCUGGCCGGUUCAGGGGGCGUGGCCGAUAUAUUAGUCACGUUAAUUUACAGAGGAUGCUGGGACACAGAGAUGGUCCAAGAACUGCUGCUGGAGACGUUCACCGGCCUUCACAGCACUGACAUCACUUCCUGGGUCAAAGUGAUUCAGAAGAUUCUGGAAAAUGGUCACCUGCUGACAGUGCACGAUCCAGAGCAGACAGCUGAUCUGGACACUGUUAUACUGAAAGCCCUGGUUAAAGCUUGUAAAAGUCAGAGUCAGGAGGCUCAGGACUUCUUGGACGAGCUGAAACUGGCGGUGGCCUGGAACAGGGUGGACAUCGCAAAGAGCGAGAUUUUCAAUGGCGAUGUUGAGUGGAGUCCGCAAGAUCUUGAGGAGGUGAUGAUGGACGCUCUGGUGAACGAUAAGCCGGAUUUUGUGCGUCUGUUUGUGGAUAACGGGGUGAAUCUGGGGGAGUUUCUGACGUACGGUCGUCUUCAGGAGCUGUACUGCUCUGUUUCUGAGAAGAGUCUGCUGUUUGACCUCCUUUUGAAGAAACAUCAGGAGAAACAGAUGCUGCUGGCCUCAGCUCGGACCCCCGGACCUCCGUACAUGGAGCCCGUGGACCGCCGGCCUCGCUUCACCCUGCACGAGGUCUCCAAGGUCCUGAAGGACUUCCUCCACGACUCCUGCAAGGGCUUCUAUCAGAAACUUUCAGCUGAGAGGGUGGGAAAGGGUCGGCUCUUCCACAGCCAGAAAGAUCUACCAGACCUGGAUCAGCACUGUGAGAACCCGUGGAGAGACCUGUUCCUCUGGGCUGUUCUGCAGAACAGACAGAAAAUGGCCAACUACUUCUGGGCCAUGGGUCCGGAGGCGGUGGCUGCAGCUCUGGCUGGCUGUAAGAUCCUGAAGGAAAUGGCUCACCUGGAGUCGGAGGCGGAGUCUGCCCGCAGCAUGAAGGAAGCCAAAUAUGAGCAGUUUGCUUUGGAUCUGUUCAGUGAGUGUUACUCUAACAGUGAAGAUCGAGCGUACGCCCUGCUGGUGAGGAAAACUCACUGCUGGAGUAAAUCCACCGUGCUGAACCUGGCAACCGAGGCCGACGCCAAGAGCUUCUUCGCCCAUGAUGGAGUGCAGGCUUUACUGACUAAAAUCUGGUGGGGAGCGAUGACCACGGACACGUCCAUCUCUAAACUCGUCCUGUCUUUCUUCUGUCCACCUUUAAUAUGGACCAACCUGAUCAAAUUCAGUGAUGAGAUACUGCAGAGUCGUGGAGGAGGGGAGCAGUUUGCGGAGUUGGACAGUUUGGACACGGAGAAAGCUCUGCUCCUCAGCGACGACGACCCUGAUGACUCUGAGGCCGCUGGUGACCCGGCAGAUCAGAGCUGCAGUCAGGCCUGGAGCCAGUUUCUCCUGCGCCGCUGGAAACGCUUCUGGAGCGCACCAGUUACGGUUUUCCUGGGAAACGUCCUCAUGUACUUCGCCUUCCUGGUCCUCUUCACCUACGUCCUCCUGCUGGACUUCCGGCCUCCGCCUCCCGACGGCCCGUCCAUAGCCGAGAUCAUCCUCUACUUCUGGGUCUUUACUCUGGUGCUGGAGGAGAUCAGACAGAGUUUCUUCACAGAUGAGGACAUGAACAUUCUGAAGAAGUGUAAGCUGUAUGUGGAGGAUAACUGGAACAAGUGCGACAUGGUGGCGAUCUCUCUCUUCGUGGUCGGGGUUUCCUGCAGGAUGAUGGAGAACACGUAUGAAGCAGGACGCACAGUUCUGGCUCUGGACUUCAUGGUUUUCACCCUGAGGCUCAUCCACAUCUUCGCCAUCCAUAAACAGCUCGGCCCAAAGAUCAUUAUAGUGGAGAGAAUGAUGAAGGACGUGUUCUUCUUCCUGUUUUUUCUGAGUGUGUGGUUGAUUGCGUACGGCGUGGCGACUCAGGCUCUGCUGCAUCCCAACGACCCGCGUCUGGACUGGGUGUUCCGCCGGGUUCUGUACCGGCCGUACCUCCACAUUUUCGGACAGAUCCCCCUGGAGGAAAUCGACGCGGCUAAAAUGCAGCCGGAUAACUGCACCAUGGAUCUGCAGGACAUCAUUACAGGAACUCUGCCGCCCUGCCCGAACAUCUACGCCAACUGGCUGGUCAUCCUGCUGCUGGUCAUCUAUCUACUGGUCACUAAUGUCCUGCUGCUCAACCUGCUCAUCGCCAUGUUCAGCUACACGUUCCAGGUGGUUCAGGGGAACACAGAUAUCUUCUGGAAGUUUCAGCGAUACAACCUGAUCGUGGAGUAUCACAGCCGGCCCGCUCUGGCCCCGCCCUUCAUCAUCAUCAGCCACCUAUCCCAGAUCCUCCUCAGCCUCUGCAAAAAGUCUGAAUCCAAAAUCGAGCACUUGGAGAGGGAGCUCCCAGCAGGGCUGGAUCAGAAGCUGAUGACCUGGGAGACCGUUCAGAAGGAGAACUACCUGGCCAGACUGGAGAGACGUCACUUAGAGAGCAGCGAGGAGAGACUCAAAAGCACAUCUUCAAAGGUGCAGAGCUUGUUGCAGAUCGUAGGAGGAAUUAAAGAUCAAGAGAAACGAAUGGCGUCUAUGGAGGCCGAGGUGAGGUACUGUGGGGAGGUGCUGUCCUGGAUCGCUGAAUGCUUCGAUAAGAGCACUCUGAAGUGCGACAGAGACGCUCCCAGAGCUCCACGUACCAGAGAGGGCAGCACUGACAGCGUUUCUCAGCCUGGAACACCGAAGAAGGAGGAGCCAGAAGGGCAUCCGGGAUACGGAGCCAAUAAGAAACUGCCUUAUAUAGAUGAGUGACGGUGGCAGGGCAUAUGUAUAUAUCAUCACUGUCCAAUGAAAAACAAGUAUCUUCAUUUUUGUUAAUUUUAAGUUUACUACAUAAUUUGAACAGAUUUGGAGAUAUUUGUUUUUCAUUGGACAGCGAUGAUAUACAUAUAUACAAGUGCACCUUAAAAAAGUCGAAUAUAUUUGAAAAGUUACUUUAUUUUAGUAUUUCAGUUCAAAACUUGUAAAAUGUAAAACUCAUAAUAUUUUAUAUAGAUGUAUUAAACACAGAG